CCAAAACCAUCCAUUAAGGGGACUUCCCUGGUGGUCCAGUGGUUAAGAAUCUGCCUCCUAAUGCAGGAGAUGUGGGUUUGAACCCUGGUGGGGUAACUAAGAUCCCACACGCUGUGGGACAGGGCAGCUAAAUCCCAGCCUCACCCUGUGGCCACAGCUAAGACCUUACACAGGCAAAUUUAAAAAAAAAAAUCCAUUAAGCCCUCAGGAGAAGGAAAAGGGGAUAUGACUAGCAAUAGAGAAAUUUUCUCUAUGAACAAUGGCCGUGGCAAGCCUUAGGCUCUCUUAGUGAAAUCUCUCUGGAAAGUAGUGGCAGAAGAAUAAAAGGCAGACUGACACAGAAGUAUUCCUUAGUGUGCAUUUCCAGCCUCGGAGUUCUUUCUCAUCUCUUGGUUGCAGAGGAAGAGGAGAGGUUAAACAUUUUUAUAAAACUGGCAAAAUAAGCUUAUAGCAUCCCAUCACUAUCUCCUAGGUUCUAGGAGCGUUCUAUAAGCGUUAUAGAACCUAGCAGCAUUUGCCUAAAGUAAGGAACAGUUGAAAGAGAUAAUACUUAAGAAAACAACUUAAAACUGCUCACACACUGAAAAGGACUAAGUUGCAGAGAACAGAAAUGGGCUCAGAGCAACCUUUGCCAAAAGAGAAUAUUGUGCUAAAUGUACAGUUUUUCCCAUAUAAGGAAACAGAGUCAGAAAGAUAAAAGAACUUGUUCAAAAUCACACAAAUAAGGACAGAAUCUGAUCUGUGUCCUAAGAGUUGUGUUCUUUAACCACUAGGCUAAGUUUUCUCAAAUGUGAUUCACAUGUAGAAUAACUAUACAUUUCUGUUUGCCUUGAAUAUUCCUUGUUUAUAUCCAUGCCUGCUGCAAUUUUUAAUAUUGCCCACUUGGACUCUCAAAAGCAACCCCAAAUAGACAAUAAUUUAGUCACUAUCCGUGGACCACUUUGGUGCAACUGCCCAGGAAGCUUGUUAAAAGUACAGAUCCCUGAGCCCUACUCCACAGCUAUGUAAGUUUUCUGAGGAUUGGUGCAAAAAUCCACAUACAAGUCUUUGUUGUUUUGUGGAAUCCCCAGAUGAGUCUCCCACCCUCUUAAGUUAAUAAACCAUGUAUUCUGCCUUCCCCAGGUGCCCAGCCGAGUUAUAAUAAGGUAUUGGUACCCCCACCGCACCAGAGGGAUGCUCUCAGACAAGUAAUCUCUGAAGCCUUGAACAAUUGGUGGUCUCACUCUGGCCCACCUGCCAUGACAAACCUACAGAGCAUUUCCCUUCACAUUUACCUUCUAGCAUUCCCAAAGGCAGUCUGCUCUAAUUAGGCCUGACUUCAUCUGUCCUAUUGUGCAUCCGCCAAUUCAAGCAAUUUAGUAGAGAGAAGGAAGGUUUUUGUGAUUUGCAACCAGAGUGGCCCAACCGCUCAAAUAAUAGCCCAAGACAUCUCCACCUCCUGAGCACAUCCCCUCUGCAACAGCCCCAGUAAACAAAUGUCCCAUCUUUGCUUUUUUAAGGUCAGCCACAGGGAGCCCCUGAAGAAGGUUAUCUUACAUUGCCACAUUACCAAAGGCUGCCCCAAAGGCUCCUUCCUAUGAACCUGAUCAGGCUAAGGGCAGAGCUGUCUCUUUCCUUCUUUGAGUCGGAUCAGACCGUCUUAGUAACACCUCUUCACGGUGUUAACCAUGUUUUUCACCUGGGUUGCUACUUAGCCUGUUAUCUCAUCCUUUCAUGGUGGCGAGAGGGGGGAUUAUAAUGAUUUUUGCUUUUAAGGGAGAGAGGAAUGUAAUGUUUACGUUGUCAUUUUGUCAUGAGUUUGUUUUGAAUUUCCUAUUAAAAUGGGUCCAUCACUCCCACUUUGUGAAGUCAUCAGGGCCCACAUUUUGCACUUUUAACAUCUCUCGGUGUCAGUUUAAAUUGGGAUGAGCUUGUCCUCACAUUCCUUUCGGCUGUAAAUCCAGACCCUGAUAUGAACCUACCAUUGAGCAGAACCACUCCACUGCCUGUGUAGCCUUGGGUAGGCCCCUUAACCUCUUGGUCUUUUAAGUCUUGGCAGUUUUAAAAAUGUGAGAGGGCUAUGAAUUUAUAUUUGGGGCAGAACAAGGUUGAGAAGAGUGUGUCUUUGCUUUUAUUCUUUCAAACUGGAAUGACUCCCGACUCGUCCCCAUGGGUCCAUAUCUCACUUGUCCUUCAGGCCCACUGCCAAGCAUCCUUCCCCAAUUCCCCAGUCCACACAAAUCUCUGUCUCUCUUUAGGUUAGUACCAUACAGCCUAGAGUCUCUUAGGUCAAUUUUGCCUCUCAGGCCAAUCUCAGAAUGUGGGUUUCUCUUGCCCUCCCAUGGCACCAGGGGCUGUGCCAGCCCACAGGCAUGCUCCCCAGGGGGGCGCUACUAGACUAGGGCAUGCGUGGGGAGGCCCAGGUGUGAGGGGCCAGGCAAGGUGCCUCUCUGCCUUCACUCUGCUCUCCUCCAAAAAACCCCGAGAGCCUGCAGCCUCCCCCUCAAGUCACAGGUUCCUUAUAUGACCUCACUGGGUAGUGAUGACCUUACAGCCCUUAUCGCAGUUUCCAUGGCAGGGUAACUGCACAAACAUGCUGCUUUUGGAGAAACUUCCCUACCAGUCCUCUACCAGAUAGCAGUCUUUGGCUGUGUAAGAGAGAAUGUCUAAUCGAAUCUUCUAUCUAAUCUUCUCUAACUUGUCCUCUGUCCCCUGGAAGGGCAACACAGCAGCAGCUCUGGCUCCCACUUCCCCUCCUACACCUGGUCACUGCCGUGUCCUCUACCGAGGGCGUGGAAAAGCACAGGUAGGCUGGCCUGGGGAGACACGCUGCCUGGUCGGUGGCUACUGAGCCUACGGGGAUGCUCCUGUGGCCACCCCAGCCGAGGUGGAAGCAGAGAAGCCAGUCCUCAGCCACAAUCUCAAGAGACAGCGAGCUCUGGCGGAAUAGGAUAAAGACCUCAGUUGCUCCAGCCCCAAAAUUCAGUGACUGCAGCAUGGUGGCAGGAGGCUGACCCCACAGAAGCCUGCUGGCUGAGCCACACUCUGAAGAGAGGGCAAUGAUUUAACUGCCUAAGGGCAGCAAAUGCUGCUUCCUGCAGUGACCCCCCACUGCCACAGAUUAGAACCUGCGCCAUUCUGUCUGAGCCUUCCUUCCUCAACCAGGAGCCUCCUUCCACACUAAAUGGCUAUGAGCAAGGAACCUCAGAAACAGGGUUGAGAGUCUUCUCUGAACAUCCCAGGACUGAAGCUGGCCUGGAGGAAAACCUGAUGUUCCUCUGCUCAAUUCUCGGGAGCCCCUUUGUGAGCAGAAGAAAGAACAAUCUUCACACUGUGAGCCAAUGAGGACCCAGGAGCAGAGAAGUGCAGAGUGGCCUUCGCAGGGGCCCUGUCUACCACAUAGGCUCCUGCCUGAGCCAUUGGCCAGAGCCACCACCACACACCAAGGGGAGCUGGGCUUUUCGAAACUGAAAGAAGCAAUGUGCGACUUCCCAAAAAGCCUCCUGCCUUGAAUCAGGAGGCAGGAUAAAGAGACCCAGGAAGACCUGCUCCCUGGAGCAAGAACAUAUGGAGAGUCAAGUGGCAGCAACCCCUCCCCGAGGCUCACAUGCUCCUUUAUUCCCAGCCUUUUCUAGCCCCAACGGGGUCCCUUACUGCUCAAUAAAAUGUUUUUCUGUAACAGUGUCAGACUUGAAAUCCAAGUUAUUUAAGGCCAGGUCCCAAAUCUCCCUGUUUCCUUUAAGUAUAUUCCCACAUGGGGUUCCUGGUCCUUUGAGAACUUCUGCCUCUAAAAAGACCCUUGGGGGUAGUUUCUACCUAUGCGGCUCCUGCAAAGACACCUGUGUAAAUUGG